CUCUGAAUAAUCCACAUCUAGGGCAAGCUGGCUGAGAGGCGAUCCAGUGCUCAGCUCCUCUCUGCAGGCUGAGAAAAGAGACAGAGAGAGAAAGACAACGCUUUUCAACGCAGGAGGAAAAACGUGAGAUUUUGACAGAGCAGGAAGAUACCAAGAAUUAACAGAGGAAGAUUUUCAUCUGCGGAUAUCAUUUAUUUAUACAUAUUGUUUAUAUAUCUAUAUAUAUAUUUGUACACACGCAUAUAGAUAUUUAUAUAUAUAUAUACAUUUAUCCCUGUACAUAACUGUAUUUGUGCUUGUCUGUUUAUAUUAAUAUUUUUAUAUGUAUUUGUGUGUGUAAAUAUAUAUGAUAUAUAAACAAAAGAAUAUAUAUAUAUCUAUGAAUUUAUAUGCGUAUCACUGUGAACCAAGAGAAGCAAGAGGAAAUUUCUAUCAUCGGGGCUGGUCUCUGAUUGUGUGGUCGUAUACAAUAUUUUGAAUAUUUCCUUUGAUCUUCUACGUCAAGAGGACAAAGACUACGUGCCCAUUUUGUAUUUUUGUUUUCCUGUUGCUGCUUCCCGUCCCUCCUGAUCUUUUUUUUUUUCUACGUCCGAGAGGAAUAAAGCGGAGAGUGACAGGAUUUGACGAAAAAGGGAAAAUCUGUAGAAAUUCCUGUGAUUAGUGUUAUUUCCGUCGGCAUUAGCGCUCUGUGAGCCGAUCACAGCGUGCUGUGUGAGAUCUGAGGAGGCAGCAGAGACAGAGUGCCACGCCGCUCAGCUCAGCGUCAGCCCCAGCCAGCACAGCCAGCAUGCACAAACACCACCACUGCUGCAAGUGCCCAGAAUGUUAUGAAGUGACCCGUAUGGCUGCCCUGCGUAGGAUGGACGCCCCGUCGUAUGGAGGAGACUGGCAGGCCGAGCCCUAUGGAUACCCGCCUGGGUACGGGGGAGGCCAGACCUUACCCCCUCCGGCCUCAGGGGGAGGUGGAAGCAUGGGAGGAGGAGGGGGCACUUUGGGGAGAAGUAAGGGCAAGAUUAUGUCUGGUGGGGGCCCUGGAGGCCCCAACCCAAAGGGCCAAUCCAAGGGUGGCCCCAAAGUAAACGGCAACAACUCCAGUGGACAAGGAGGAUGGUGGCCUGAGUGCACCUGUACCAACCGGGAGUGGUAUGACCAGGCCAACCCUCCCCCCAUCAUCGUCAACGCAGACUCACUAGAUGCAGGCCCUUAUGUAAAUGGCAGUGAUGGGAUGUAUAAAUAUGAAGAGAUCAUUCUAGAGAGGGGGAACUCUGGCCUGGGCUUUAGCAUUGCUGGAGGAAUAGACAAUCCCCACAUUCCUGAUGAUCCGGGGAUCUUCAUCACCAAGAUCAUCCCAGGAGGAGCAGCUGCUAUGGAUGGAAGGCUGGGGGUGAAUGACUGCGUGCUGCGGGUGAACGAUGUGGACGUGUCUGAGGUGGUUCACAGUCGGGCAGUGGAAGCCCUGAAGGAGGCAGGGCCCGUGGUGAGGCUGCUGGUCCGACGGAGGCAGGCACCACCCGAGACGAUUCUGGAGGUCAACCUGCUGAAAGGACCCAAAGGGCUUGGAUUCAGUAUUGCCGGAGGGAUCGGCAACCAACAUAUCCCAGGAGACAACAGCAUCUAUAUUACCAAGAUCAUAGAGGGAGGAGCUGCCCAGAAAGAUGGACGGCUGCAGACUGGAGACCGCCUGCUAGCUGUGAACAACAUCGUGCUACAGGAUGUGCGUCAUGAGGAGGCAGUGGCUGCGCUGAAGAACACCUCUGAUAUGGUUUACCUCAAGGUGGCCAAGCCUGGGCCUGUGCAUCUCAAUGACAUGUACGCCCCUCCAGACUACUCCAGCAGCCUGGCCCUCCCUCCAGCCUUCCCCACCAUGGCGGACAACCACGUCAGCCACAACUACAUGGGGGCGAUGGAGCCCAAGCCAGUGUACCCGCCGCCCCAGGUCACCCCGUCCAGGUACUCGCCAGUUCCCCGUCAUAUGCUGGGGGAGGAAGACUUCACGAGGGAGCCAAGGAAGGUGUUGCUGCACAAGGGCUCCACAGGCCUGGGCUUCAACAUCGUCGGCGGAGAAGAUGGAGAAGGCAUCUUCGUCUCCUUUAUCCUGGCGGGAGGGCCAGCUGACCUGAGUGGCGAGCUGAGGAGGGGCGACCGGAUUCUAUCGGUGAAUGGAGUGAACCUAAGAAACGCCACACAUGAGCAGGCGGCUGCAGCACUGAAGAGAGCUGGUCAGACUGUCACCAUCAUAGCUCAGUACAGGCCUGAAGAGUAUAGUCGCUUCGAGUCCAAGAUCCACGACCUGAGGGAGCAGAUGAUGAAUAGCAGCAUGAGCUCUGGAUCAGGCUCCCUUCGCACCAGUGAGAAACGCUCCCUCUAUGUCAGAGCUUUGUUUGACUACGAUCGAACGAGGGACAGCUGCCUGCCCAGCCAAGGACUGAGCUUCUCUUAUGGGGACAUCCUCCAUGUCAUAAAUGCUUCUGACGACGAGUGGUGGCAGGCGAGGCUGGUCACACCACAUGGAGAGAGCGAGCAGAUCGGGGUUAUUCCCAGCAAGAAAAGAGUGGAGAAGAAAGAGCGGGCCAGGUUAAAAACAGUCAAGUUCCACGCCAGGACAGGCAUGAUUGACUCCAACAGGCCAGUCAAAGUAAAGCGCAAAAAAAGCUUCAACCUCUCACGCAAGUUCCCGUUUUACAAGAGCAAGGAGAAUAUUGUGCAGGAGUUGGUGGAGUCUGAACAAUGCCUGACAUCCAACACAAGUGACAGUGAAAGCAGUUCGAAGGGCCAGGAGGACACGAUUCUUUCCUAUGAGCCAGUCAUUCGACAGGAAAUCCACUACACAAGGCCUGUGAUCAUACUGGGUCCAAUGAAGGACAGAGUAAAUGAUGACCUCAUCUCUGAGUUCCCCCACAAGUUUGGCUCCUGUGUACCCCAUACGACUCGUCCAAGGCGAGAGAACGAGAUGGACGGCCAAGACUACCACUUUGUGGGCUCGCGAGAGCAAAUGGAGAAAGACAUUCAGGAUAAUAAAUUCAUCGAGGCUGGCCAGUUCAAUGACAACCUCUAUGGGACGAGCAUUUUGUCUGUCAGAACUGUGGCUGAGAGGCAGGGGAAGCACUGCAUCCUGGACGUGUCCGGCAAUGCCAUAAAACGACUGCAGCAAGCACAACUUUAUCCGAUCGCCAUCUUUAUUAAACCAAAAUCCAUUGAAGCCCUAAUGGAAAUGAAUAAGAGGCAGACGUACGAGCAGGCCAAUAAAGUCUUUGACAAGGCAGUUAAGCUGGAGCAAGACUUUGGAGAGUAUUUCACAGCUAUUGUACAGGGUGACUCACUAGAGGAGAUCUACAACAAAAUCAAGCUAAUCAUUGAGGAGCAGUCUGGUCCCUACAUCUGGAUCCCCUCCUCAGAGAAGCUCUGAGCUCCCUGCCGUCCCCUCUGCAUCGGUGCAGAGCUCCCCUCCUGCCUCCCAGAGACCCCACCCAAGUCCAAAUAGCCCCCCCCCCCCUUCCUCCUCCUCACCUCCUUUUUGCAGAUAUGUUUCAUAUCAAGUUUUAGUGUCAUCAUUAUGUUACUCUCUAAAUGAAAAAGAAGUCUUAUCACCAUUACUGUGACUGUGCACACCCCUGCAUGAGUUUCUCAACAAAUCCAUUCAAGACUGGAAAUGCCAUUCCAAAGGAAUUUGUCAAAUGAAAAACAAAAGGGAAAAGGAAUAAAUCCUUUUGUGAACUGGGACUGACUGAAGAUCAGAAUGUUUUACAGAAAUCUGGAGAGAUAGAGGAGUUGGGAUUCAAAAAGAAGUUGCAGGGAAACAGAGACAAAUCAUACCAAGUUGGAACACUUUGUAAAUGUUCAUCAAAUCACAUUUAAAAAGACGCGCAAGAUGAGAAAUGAAGACCAAUUAAGGGUUGUUGUUUUUUUUCUUUUUCUAAAAAGACUGGAUAAAAUCGAGCCCUGCUGAUGGUACUGUUCAAGGAGUCAUCUCCCUUGUUUAUAAUGACUGAGGAAAUUAGUGGAGCCUACAAACUGGUGAUCUAUUUAUCACAAACCAGCUUGCUGUUUGGUCGUCUGCCAGUUGUCUGUGCUGCAGCUGAUAAAGACAUCUCGGGAGGCAGAUCAAGAGGAAGAAGUGCGUUGUGAAUCUCUACAUUUAUAUUAUGAAAUCACAAGAUAAAUGAUAAAAUCCCACUGAGAUUUUACUACAUAUUAAAAACUACACAUUUUACACUUCACUAGAAUUGUCAAUUUGGAGGGCUGUUAGAUUUCAUUUUUGUUUUUUCUUUCUCUUUUGUUUUCUUUCUUUGUGGGAUUUUUUGCUUGUGGUUUUUAGCUGCUCUGUGUAAAGGACGGGGGUAGAGAAGUGUAACUGGGCUCUCUGCAAAACACCAAACUGCCUUACAUCAAAUACAAAUUCUGUUUUGUGACUACCUGUUGUCUGUGAGGGAGGCUGCACACAAUUUAACGAGGAAAAGAGAGGGAAUGCUCAUCUUUUUCUCACGUUUUUUUGUGUCCUCCAACUGCCAGGAGGCCUGACUCGAGUGCAAUAGAUAAAACUAAAGUCUCACCUCUGUGGGCGCCUUUUCUCCCCUCCCCCUGUAUUUCAAACUUCCUUCCUGCAUAAUUAAAUAAUUUGGCCAUUGGAUUACAAUUUGGACAGCCAGAGCCUCCUAACUCAUGUUGAGCAGCAGACCACCCUAUUACACUCUCUGCCUUCCAAGAGGAUUCUCUUCUGAUUGAAUGGUCACAUGGUACUGUCCUAUCUGCCGCCAUGACGGCGGCCUUAAAACGGGUAGAACAAGACAAUAAUUGUAUUGGAUGUCCUAACAAUUAAAAGUCAAUAUAACCUGUUUUGGAUUGUCCCCCUGUCCCCCUACCAAAAAUAACACUAAAGUUGGGUUUGAUUAAAACCUACAUGCUUUGUGUAUCUAUAAUGAAUUCCUCAUCUGUUGUUGGCAGGUGCUGAACCACUGUGUUGAGCUCUUAGUGUGUCUGGGGUGAGCUAGACCAGCUCAGGAAUCUUUAACGUACAGAUACCAUUUCCCCUGCGACCGAAAGGCCACGUUUGGGCGAUGACACCGAGAGUUCGUAGCUGUCAAAUGUGAACGAACAAGUACUAAAAGUGCUUCGUUAAAGGCGUUUUCAACCUAACAGUGUAAUCAGGCUGUAUUGUGUGUCUUCAAGGCUGUCGGCACGGUAACCUUUGAGUCGGCAUCACCAGGAUUGAAAUGACCUGCUCCGCCCUCCCAUGCAGAUUUUGGCACUGUAUGUUAAUGUGUGCAUGCGAGAGAGCACAUCCGAAGAAGGAACGCUGUCCGUGGCGCCUGAUGCUGUGAAAACGCUUUUCCCUCCUCAGCUUUUUGAAGAGUGCAAAGGAGUUUCUUUGUUUUCCUCUCAAGAGAGCCAGACCCAACAGGAAGUGGUAACCUAGACCUCUGGGUCCCCCCCUCCCCCCUCUGCUCUCUCCCACCCACAGAGCACCUGUACCUGCAGGCAUUUUCUGAACAGGUGUGCCCACCUGCCAGGCACCACUGCUAAACCAGCUGUCAUUACCUGUGUCAAAACCAGAGUUCAGGGAAUAACCGAAGGGAACAGAGCCAUUUAUAAACUGCUUGCAGACUGUUUCAAAGGGUGUGGUAGCUGUACAAUGUAAAUAAGCCCCCAGCAGAUCCCCCUCACCUGUGCUUCAUGCAUGUGUGAAUCAAACUGGGACAAACAUGUUUUAUAGACCACAAAUGUCAGGUAAGUAAAGUUUGAGCUACUCUUGAGAUAUAAUUUCCAUACAAAUGUGCUGUAUUGUUGGUUAUUUCUCUUCAAAUGCCUAUUGGAAAACUUAACUAGUCAGUUUGGGAAUUCGGUUCCCUCACGUAGGGCCUGUCUACAUGUGAUUUCUUGUGGAACGUGUCUGGGUGUAUAGAUUUUAAAAAAUAUAUUGUAAAAUAAUUAAAGAGAUGCAGGCAGAAACCUACACGGUAUCACAGAAACCAGGAGCAUUGAUCAAUACAUCAUUAGAAGUUUAGAAUUGGUCCUCUCUGGUGUUUAGUUGAAAUACAGCUGACUGUUAACAAUGUGUGUGGUAUUCAUACCUCAGUCAGCCAUGUCAAAGCCCAAAGAACUUGAUUUCAUUUUACUCUUUCCAUUGAGGUUGUGGUAUAUAACAAGAUGGAACCUGAAUGCCUCUGUGUGUGUAUAAUUGAUGAGGGUCUUUGUUCUGAUGAGAGAAAUGAUGACAUAUAUGCUUUUAUUUUUUGGGGUUGGGGGGGUCAGGGUUCUUGUUUGUACUUUUGGGUGAUGAUGUUUAUGUUAUAGCACAUCUGUGCAGUAAGUGCUUGCAAACAUGAACCCUUUGAUUGUACAGUAGUUUCCUUCCUGUCACUGCAGGUGGUACAGCCUAUCAGGACACUUGGCCUCAUGGUCUUCCCUGUCCUAGUCAUGAGGGAACACAGUCCUGCAACUUUUGUUUUGGGUUUUAUUUUGGGACUUGACAAGAGUUUAUUUGUUUGAAAAUAAAAUAUGUGACUCAGUUAUGA